CAUGAUUGGGCUGAUGCUGGGAACUUGCAUCGCUUUCUACGUUGUCAUUGGUGAUUUGGGGUCCAACUUCUUUGCCCGGCUGCUUGGAUUUCAGGUGUCGGGCAGUUUCCGGAUAGUCCUGCUCUUUGCUGUCUCCCUGUGCAUUGUCCUUCCAUUGAGCCUCCAGAGGAACAUGAUGGCCUCCAUACAGUCAUUCAGUGCCAUGGCUCUGAUCUUCUACACCGUCUUCAUGUUCGUGAUUGUGCUGUCAUCCUUCAAGCACGGCCUCUUCAGCGGGCAGUGGCUGCAGCGAGUGAGUUACACUCGUUGGGAGGGCAUUUUUCGCUGCAUCCCCAUCUUUGGCAUGUCUUUUGCCUGUCAGUCUCAGGUUUUGCCUACCUAUGAUAGCUUGGAUGAGCCCUCUGUUAAAAUCAUGAGCUCCAUAUUUGCUUCUUCCCUAAACGUGGUCACCACCUUUUACAUUACGGUGGGCUUCUUUGGCUACGUGAGUUACACUGAAGCCAUUGCUGGGAACGUCCUAAUGAACUUCCCUUCCAACCUGGUGACGGAGAUGAUUCGAGUGGGAUUCAUGAUGUCGGUGGCUGUGGGGUUUCCGAUGAUGAUUCUCCCGUGCAGACAGGCACUGAACACCCUUCUCUUUGAGCAGCAGCAAAAAGACGGCACCUUCGCUGCGGGGGGUUACAUGCCCCCGCUUCGGUUCAAAGCCCUGACGCUGGCUGUUGUGUUUGGAACCAUGGUAGGAGGCAUCAUGAUCCCCAACGUGGAAACAGUCCUGGGCCUGACAGGUGCUACCAUGGGAAGCCUCAUUUGUUUUAUCUGCCCAGCUCUUAUUUACAAGAAGAUCCACAAGAAUGCACUUUGUUCACAG